AGCAAGUUUGUAAGAUAUUUGAAUAAACCUUUUAUUUUCGAAUUCUUGUCUUACCUCGCGAGAUUAAGGCAAAGGGCGUUACUUGUCAUUCCCUGACGCUGAAAGCUGCUGGGAAGGUGGGAGAGUGGAUAACCCGGAUAAACUGACAUAGUUGUAAGAAGACGCAACACGACCAAGGAGACAACAAUGGGGACAUCAUGGCUUCCCAAAGUUCUGCCUUGCAUGCUGAUUCUGUUUUCACUGUCUUCAGUAGUAUUUUCGCAAACGCCAACCGUCUCCGUGACACAGGCCACAUAUAGUGGUGUUCCAGGAGGCACCGUUACUCUGGUCUGCUCCGUCUCCUCCACAGCGUCCAUCACCUCGGCGUUUUGGUAUCGUGACCGCGGUGGCACUGCGAUUACUGUAACAAAUGGCGGAAAGUACUCGUUUCCAAUCGGUACCAACCCGUCCCUGACCAUCACCAGCUUGACCAACGACGAUACAGGAAGUUACAGGUGCUUUGCAGGGACAGCCACAUCACAAAUUGGACAGAGUGGUUCGACUUAUCUUACAGUGGCAACGCCGAAUGUGGCCCCUGUUGUACAGCAUCCUCAAGCUUCCUACACGCAGGAUGUAGGAGGAUCGUUUACGAUUGGUUGUGUAAUUUCCGCCAAUCCUGGCGCCACCUCAGUUGUCUGGACGAAAAAUUCUGCCACCAUCACCAUUGACGGUUCCAAGUAUCAAAACGGAAAUACUGCAACGCCAUCUCUCCUAAUAGCUGACCUCGUUCUGGCAGACGCUGGAACUUUCGUGUGUGGAGCAACAAAUGCCUUUGGUUCAGCACAGACAACUGGUGCUACACUUACAGUAACCGGAUCCGUUCCGGUGUUGUCCACCCCAACAACAAGUGUCACCGCCAACAGUGGAACUUCUAUAACACUUCAAUGUAGCAUACAAUCCGCUAACCCGUCAGUGACGUCCGUGACCUGGCGGUUCGUCCCUUCGGCUGGCGGGGCUACAACCAAUAUCAAUUCCGCUACAAAUGGUUAUACUGGAUCAACUACCGCUAACCCGUCUCUUACUAUUACCAGUGUAAGCAGUGCAAACGCUGGCACCUACACCUGUGGUGCUGUAAAUGCUGCUGGACCAGGUCAAGGUCUGCCCAUUACUCUGACUGUAACCGGAAGUCCGCCGAUUGUUUCUGUUGGACAGUCGGCCUAUUCUGUUGGGAUUGGUGGGACCGUUACUCUUGUUUGUAAUGUAAACUCAGGCAGCUCCGUAACUAGUGUCAUCUGGCAAAAACUAGCUGGCGCUGUCUUUCAACAAGUUCUAAUCACAAGCAACAGCAGAUACAGCGGAGGAACGACGAACUCGCCAUCUUUUUCUAUCAUGAAUGCCCAAACAAGCGACGGAGGAACUUUCACAUGUGUAGCAUCUAAUCAAUUCGGGACCGGAAUAAGUUCAACAACUGUGCUGACCGUCACUGGAACUCGACCGACAGUAUCCAUUCCCCAGACAUCAUAUUCUACACUUUCUGGUGGAACUGUUAUACUUACCUGUAGCAUCAGUUCAAAUCCAUUCCAAACCGUAGUUACCUGGCAGAAACUUGUAGGCACCGUUUAUCAACAGGUUCAAAUCACAAGCAACAGUAGAUACAGUGGAGGCACUACCACCUCGCCGAACCUUGUCAUCACCGGUGCGUUGACAACUGACAGUGGAACCUACCAAUGUACAGCUACAAAUCAAUUCGGGACAUCACAGAGUGGGACAACUCAGCUAACUAUUAGUGGAACCACCCCCACUGUAACAGUUGGCGCUACUUCCUACUCGGUCACCAUAGGAACAACCUUCACCCUCCAGUGCACUGUGUCUUCUACCACGACAAUCACAAAUGUCUUCUGGCGACGUCUUAUCAAUGGUGUCACCUCCACAAUCACCAUCGACAAUGUCAACUACUCCGGAGGCAGCACAAGCACCCCCUCCUUGACCAUCAUCGCGGCGUCUGCCUCAGACUCGGGAACAUACACUUGCUUUGCUUCCAAUGUCGCUGGAACAGGAAGUGCUACAACACAAUUGAUUGUCACCGGAAGUAAGUAUUAUCUGUUUUUUUCUGCUUCGAAAUUUACAGAGCCGAAUUAUUUUUUGUCGUAAAAAGAAACAGCUAUAUCAGCAUAAUUUAACUCGUGCGUUCAUAUACCUAUUUGAUUAUCAUGUACCUAUUAUUGUUCAAAACAGAAUAAGGAUUUAAUUGUGAACUGAUUACAUUUUGGAAAUGAUUUUGGUAACUUGCAAAAAAAGUUUUUUGUUUGACCAUUUUUAAUAUGUUUUUAAAUAUUUUCAGGCUGCCAAAGCAUAUCAUGAUUUGACGAUGACAUACAUUUACAAAGCUCACUAAUACUGACAUGCUUACAGAGAGUGAACAAUAAAUAAAUCAAUAAAUAAGUAAAUAAAUAAAUAAACAAACAAACAAAAUAACACAAAACUGAAAAUUGAAAUACGACAGAAAACACAGCACUUAACAACGAAGCCAUUUGAUGUGUUUGUUACCGAUUACAAUCGGUUUCCUAUGUUUUUGUUGUUUGUCUAUGUACACUGUCCUUGUCAAUUAUGUGUUUGUAUUAACCUCCACGUAUUUGUCCGGUGGUGUCACCGUGUGUCCAAGUAAGACAUGCAUGUGUGUGAGAGACUUGAUGUAAACAAAUUGCAUGUUGUAUUGUAUUACCUAUGCGGAUGGGUAAAAUUAUUCUCGGCCUCGUUUCGAAGACGCUAGUCAAAUGUAAGUACAUCUUUAAUAUUUUCUUGAUAAUGCGAUUGAUUAUUUUAUUACAUUCUGACAUAUUGUACUAAGUUACAUUUAAAUACAACAAACGACAUGAAUAUGUUUGUUAACUUCAAUGUUUUAGUUAUUUACAUGUUUCCCAACUUUUACCAUAGUUAUUGUUUCUUUAAAGUAGUCAUAUCAACAAUUUUGGUUUUCUAGCAGAGUGAUGAUGGGUCUUCAUCGCAGGUUGUCAUCAUUGUUAGAGCCAACUACAUUGGAUCUUCAGUUCACAAAUUAUCUCUGAUGGUUAUGACCACGAAAAUUGCAUACUCUUUGGAGCCACCCAUAACAGGCCUUUUUUGUUAGUGGUGACAAGAGCAGUUAUAAGAACGCCGUGACCAUAUGAAUCAGAUGUUACUGGUAAAUACAGGUCCUGUUGAUGUCAUCAAUGCCGAGAACGCCUAAACAGUGGACAGACAGCCACAUCAUGGGGUACAGUUUCUGCCACACCUACUCAUGCCAAUGCUUUCUGGCAGCAUAGAGACAAUGGCAUGGCUUCCGCACCAAAAGCUUAUUCAUGGAACCAAAAAUUCCGGAUCAACAGUAACUAAUCCAUCCCUGACCAUUAUUUGAGCUUGCAGCAAUGUCGACACAUUUUAGACUCGUUCAACUUGAAAUAUUGUUGGAGCCGUAACUAGUGGCCAAACACGCACAUUUACAGGAUUUAAAAAAAACAUUCUUGGCAUGUCAUAAUAGCACAAAAUGCAUAUAUUAUGCUAAUGAUCCAAAAUGAUAAUGUACCAAUUAAAAGUUUUAACAACUGA